AUGAAAGAUAAGGCGUGCCAAAGAUAGCUCGGUAUAAUAAAUAGUAAUAAACAACAUGCUCCUUAAAGUACUCGUGUUUGUAAUCGGACUAGCCAUCGCUGCAGCCUCUCGCUGCGAGCACUUCUACCGAAAAGACUACACCUACAUCGACCAGUUCGAUGCCUUCUACAAACUGCACUGGGACCUGUCGGGGCAGACCUGGGGCUCCGCCUUCCUGGCCUGCGAUGACGAGGGGGCAACCCUCUUCUACCCAAAGACCACGAAUGAAUGGACCGUCGUCAAGGACUUGGUUGCGCUGGUGAAGCAUAAGCCAAAUGUUACAGAGAUUUUUGUAGGAAUACACGAUGAAUUUGGCUUGGGUGAAUUUAUGACUGUAGACGGUAUGUCUACACCAUCUCCUCUACCAGACAAAGACCAAGAUUUGGAAGGCCAAAGCGCAUGCGUAGUGAUGGAGAUUGAUACUGGCACCUACAGACUGGAGGCAUGUGAGACUGACAGUAUUAAGCCAUAUGUCUGCAAAAAGGUUGAAGAGGUUAUUCCAGCCUGUCCUACCAUCGAUCGUGGGUACAAUUACGAUAAAAAGACCAAGAAAUGCUACAAGCUUAACCAAAGAAAGAAGCCAUGGACGGAAGCCAUGCAAACCUGCUUCAUGGAAGGCGGAAUCCUGGCGGUGGUCACCAACACUGAUGAAGCGGAUAUCGUGUUCCAGAGGUUGCCAGAAUAUGAAGAAGAGUAUUUUGUUGGGUUUAGAAGAUUAUUCCCGAAUGGAGACUUUUAUACGGUGAAAGGCCAACAAUUCGACAACACAUUCUACAAGCGGUGGCGAAACAACGGAAACAACGGAAACGACGAGAACGAAUCGAACAACGAUUGCGGGACGGUAUCAAAACGAUAUGACUACAGAGACCUAUUCACCGGGACCAGAAAUUGCCUCCAACCAGCUGCUUUCGUGUGCGAAAUGGUCCCCAAGAAUUAAUUUUUAGGCUGAUUCUACUUCGUUUUGUUUUUUAUAGAAAUAAAAUAAAUGUUUAUUCAGACACAAAA